UGAUAAUGGAUGCGACACGGAUAUUCCCUUCUUUUCCUUCCCUCCCUUCACUUUUCCAUUUCCAUUUCCAUUUCCAUUUCCACGUUAGGUACUUCUUAUCCUCGUAUUAUAUUAACAUUAGCAUUAACAUUACAACGCACAAUUUCAUCCCAUCCAUCCAUUCAUCCAAUUAAUACGGUGCCCACAAAAUGCGGCCGCACCUUUCUCGCCACCAACGGCUCUUCCCGUCGUCCCCUUACUUUAUUCUAACGGCUCGUGGACAAAGCUUUGACAAUUGUGGUCAAUUCGCACAUCAUACACGGAACGUGAAACAACAGAAUCUAAACAAUUAAAUCCGAAUAGGUACAGUAACUUAUUCAUCAUCAUCAUCAUCAUCAUCAUCAUCAUCAUC